AUGUUGACAAGGGCGUGGGAGUGGGAAUGGUUGCCAGCGAUGUUCGGGAUGUUUCCGAUGCGGCUGGUGUGGCUGGUGGUGCUGCUCUGUUUGCUACCUGGGCAGGUGCUGCUCGGCAACGCCGCCUCGGUCACCUGGGGCCAUGUCAACAAAUACGCCAGCGUGCUGCACACCGAAGAUGUUUACUUGCCGCCGGGAACCCCCGGCCGAGAUGUGGCCUACGGCCUGGAGAACGCCAGCGAUAACUACCGGAUUACGGGUGUGCAUGUCGAGGAUCUAGGCGCCGAUGAAGCGGAGGCCCUGCUCACGGCUGGCGGCAUUGGCCAGCAGUUUGUGGUCCUCCACUGCCGGCGACUUCGGAACUCCGAGGAGCAGGCGGCUCAUCUCGAGGUGUCCAUCUACGGAGUGGACCUGUAG